CUAAUGUAACCGGUAACAACCGUAAGAGAAAGACGGCGGUCGGAAUGGGGUGAAAGGAAAAGGCAGCAUCUUCAACGCGAAGAAAAGUACAAUUGGAAAUCGACUUUUGUAGCAACCUUUCCUUUUUCUGCUUUUGCUUUCUGGAAAAUUUAAAAUAGAACAGAAAAUAAAGAAUCCAGAGCUUUGAUGAUCAAUCUUUGUUUCCCACCCAACUUUUGAAAACCCAUAAACGAAGUUUGCGAAAGAAGGCCGCUCUUUCAUUUCCUGCACGGAGCUUUAUGUGUCAUCUUUCCACUCAUCGGUCCAUACAAAAUGGAGGCAAAUUCAACUGAGAGGGCAGGAUUGAUGCAAUGGGGUUAUAAAUGUGGUGGGAUUUGGGUGAUGAGUUGAGUAGUGAUGGAUAAGUUGAAGUUUGGGAGAGAUGGAAUGAGGGGAUUGCCUCCUGGGUUCCGAUUUCAGCCGACGGAAGAAGAGCUUGUGUUUGAGUAUCUAAAAUGCAAGGUCUUCUCCUGCGCCUUGCCUGCUUCCAUCAUUCCAGAGGUCAAUGUUUGCCACUUCGAUCCUUGGGAGGUUCCAGGUGGGGAUUGGGAGGUGGAACAGAGGUGCACAUACUUGUUCACCAACAAGGAAGAAACAGGAAAGAAGAAUGGAAGAUGGGUGUGGACUCCGAGUGGGUACUGGAAGGCCAAACCCAAAGGGCGUGAAAGGAGAAUAGUAAGCUCCAGUAGUAGCAGUCAGAGCGUGAGUGUGGGGAUGAAGAACACUCUGGUUUUCUACGCCAAUAAUAGGAACAGAGGUGGGAGUAGGACGGGGUGGGUUAUGCAUCAGUAUCGCCUCAUCGCCACUCACCCUCAAACUCAUACUCCAACUGUAUUGAAUAACAUGAACAAGUGGGCUAUUUGCCGCAUCUUUCGGAGGAAACUCCAAUCCAAUAGAUAUAAUCAUCAUCUGCAACUCCAAUAUUAUUCUAUGUCUACGAACCAUUCCGACGGCAACGCCUCCGCCUCCGCCGCCUCCCCCGCCCCCUCCACCACCUCAUCCUCUUCCAGUACUUCCACCAGUUUCCUCGCCAGCUCUGUCCAACAAAACUCUGACGAUCAUUUUUCUGCUUCUUAAUUAUAUUUAUUUAUAUAUAUAUUUCAUACUUCUUUUUUGUUUCCAAUCUGUAUUAAGAUAUUACCUAUUUAAAU